AUGCACCGUUCCCCUCUGUGCCAUCAUGCACCGUUCCCCUCUGUGCCAUCAUGCACCGUUCCCCUCUGUGCCAUCAUGCACCGUUCCCCUCUGUGCCAUCAUGCACCGUUCCCCUCUGUGCCAUCAUGCACCGUUCCCCUCUGUGCCAUCAUGCACCGUUCCCCUCUGUGCCAUCAUGCACCGUUCCCCUCUGUGCCAUCAUGCACCGUUCCCCUCUGUGCCAUCAUGCACCGUUCCCCUCUGUGCCAUCAUGCACCGUUCCCCUCUGUGCCAUCAUGCACCGUUCCCCUCUGUGCCAUCAUGCACCGUUCCCCUCUGUGCCAUCAUGCACCGUUCCCCUCUGUGCCAUCAUGCACCGUUCCCCUCUGUGCCAUCAUGCACCGUUCCCCUCUGUGCCAUCAUGCACCGUUCCCCUCUGUGCCAUCAUGCACCGUUCCCCUCUGUGCCAUCAUGCACCGUUCCCCUCUGUGCCAUCAUGCACCGUUCCCCUCUGUGCCAUCAUGCACCGUUCCCCUCUGUGCCAUCAUGCACCGUUCCCCUCUGUGCCAUCAUGCACCGUUCCCCUCUGUGCCAUCAUGCACCGUUCCCCUCUGUGCCAUCAUGCACCGUUCCCCUCUGUGCCAUCAUGCACCGUUCCCCUCUGUGCCAUCAUGCACCGUUCCCCUCUGUGCCAUCAUGCACCGUUCCCCUCUGUGCCAUCAUGCACCGUUCCCCUCUGUGCCAUCAUGCACCGUUCCCCUCUGUGCCAUCAUGCACCGUUCCCCUCUGUGCCAUCAUGCACCGUUCCCCUCUGUGCCAUCAUGCACCGUUCCCCUCUGUGCCAUCAUGCACCGUUCCCCUCUGUGCCAUCAUGCACCGUUCCCCUCUGUGCCAUCAUGCACCGUUCCCCUCUGUGCCAUCAUGCACCGUUCCCCUCUGUGCCAUCAUGCACCGUUCCCCUCUGUGCCAUCAUGCACCGUUCCCCUCUGUGCCAUCAUGCACCGUUCCCCUCUGUGCCAUCAUGCACCGUUCCCCUCUGUGCCAUCAUGCACCGUUCCCCUCUGUGCCAUCAUGCACCGUUCCCCUCUGUGCCAUCAUGCACCGUUCCCCUCUGUGCCAUCAUGCACCGUUCCCCUCUGUGCCAUCAUGCACCGUUCCCCUCUGUGCCAUCAUGCACCGUUCCCCUCUGUGCCAUCAUGCACCGUUCCCCUCUGUGCCAUCAUGCACCGUUCCCCUCUGUGCCAUCAUGCACCGUUCCCCUCUGUGCCAUCAUGCACCGUUCCCCUCUGUGCCAUCAUGCACCGUUCCCCUCUGUGCCAUCAUGCACCGUUCCCCUCUGUGCCAUCAUGCACCGUUCCCCUCUGUGCCAUCAUGCACCGUUCCCCUCUGUGCCAUCAUGCACCGUUCCCCUCUGUGCCAUCAUGCACCGUUCCCCUCUGUGCCAUCAUGCACCGUUCCCCUCUGUGCCAUCAUGCACCGUUCCCCUCUGUGCCAUCAUGCACCGUUCCCCUCUGUGCCAUCAUGCACCGUUCCCCUCUGUGCCAUCAUGCACCGUUCCCCUCUGUGCCAUCAUGCACCGUUCCCCUCUGUGCCAUCAUGCACCGUUCCCCUCUGUGCCAUCAUGCACCGUUCCCCUCUGUGCCAUCAUGCACCGUUCCCCUCUGUGCCAUCAUGCACCGUUCCCCUCUGUGCCAUCAUGCACCGUUCCCCUCUGUGCCAUCAUGCACCGUUCCCCUCUGUGCCAUCAUGCACCGUUCCCCUCUGUGCCAUCAUGCACCGUUCCCCUCUGUGCCAUCAUGCACCGUUCCCCUCUGUGCCAUCAUGCACCGUUCCCCUCUGUGCCAUCAUGCACCGUUCCCCUCUGUGCCAUCAUGCACCGUUCUGCUCAGGAUGAGUUUUGAGAAUUCUCAAAACACGAUCCAAUCCAAUGCACCCCAUUCUUCCCCUCUGUGCCAUGCCAUGCAUCGUUCUGCUCAGGUGGGCGACGGUCUGGCUCUGCUGAGCGCCAUGGCUUUUGGGUUCCAAAUCAUUCGGUCGAAUCAGUUUGCCAAGCAAGUGCCACCCACUGCGACCCUCGACCUCAUCUCCAUGCAGAUAUUCACUGUGGCAUGCUGUGCUGCCAUAGGCCUGGCCAUCACCAGCGCCACAGGGCUUCAACCAGACAGCUUAGCACUAGCAGAAACAACUGCAGCAGCAGCAGCAGGGGCGGCCACAGCACCAAUUGGUGUCUUCCCAUCGCCUGAGGAGCUAACGAGAUUAGUGUCACAAGCGAGCACGUGGCCCUGGUUGCAAAUGGCGUACACUGGCAUUGUUUCUACGGCACUUUGCCUCUGGCUUGAGAGCUCGUCUGCGGAAGCUUCCGCAAAGGCGGAGCCGAAUGUGAAGGACCUUGCCCUGAAGGCGCGGCUGGCGUUGUCGGCGGAAGAGGAGGAGGAGUUUGGCAAGUCUAUAUCCCGCAUAGUAGACUGGUUUGGGCAGCUACAGCAGGUGGACCUUUCAGACGUGCCUGCAGCCAUCCGCGUUGGAGGGGAGGAGCUGCGGCCGGAUAACAUGAGGGAGGAUGUCGUCGUCGAUUUUGAAAACAGGGAGGAAAUGCUGAGCCAAGUACCCAAGAUGGACGGGCCAUUCCUGAAAGUGCCCAACGUUCUGCCCAGCAACUGA